CUCUCUCUCUCUCUCUCUCCCCCCUCAGCCCUCAAGUCUCUCUGUCAUCCUCCGUUAAAAGGUUGGUGCUUUUCUUCUCCUUCAAUUUCCCAACUUUGCUUGCAGCUACUAAUCAAUUGAUUCAAUUCUACAUGUAAAGAAGAAAGCAAUUUCCCAACUCUCUCACCAUUUUUUAAUCACAAUUAGUGACUGGUUAAACAGGUCAGAUCCUUAUCGCUUCCCAUAUUCAUACCCAAUUAAUUAAUGGGUUUUUAUCUUAUUUUAUUAUAUCCCAUGAAUUUCACUUUAAAGACUCCAACUUCCCCCUUGCUAAUCACCUAUUUAAUCAUUUUUUAAUCUGGGUUUGUUAAUCUUUAUCCUCUCAGUGUUCUUGUUGCUUACCCUUAAAUGCAAAUCCUGUCUCUUUCAAAACCCAAUUUUUCAAAAUUUAAUGUUUUACUUUUGGAAUCUCGCACGCUAACUCGGUUGGUAAUCUUAUAUUUUAUUGCAGGUAAUUAAAUUUACUCUCCUGUGUGUAAAUUUUCUCUCUUUUGCUUUUUUUUUUCUCUGGUUGCCGAGCAGGGAGAGGUGUUUAGAGCUGUGAAUUUGUUUGUUAAUGGCGGAUUUGGUAGAGCCUAGAUUGUACAGCUGCCGUAAUUGCAGAAACCAUGUUUCACUUCAUGAUGAUAUGAUUUCCAAGGACUUUCAUAUGUUCUCACCGUCUCCCGGAGAAAGGAUGAGUCCGGUUGCUUCUCAUCUUUUGCACAAGGCGUCAUUUGCGUCAUUUUUUCGAGGGAAUGAAAACAAACACAACCAAACAAGGUGCAAAAGAAGCAACCAAAAGCGGAUUCUUGGUUGCAAAUUUCCACUCUUCGAAAGCUUCCGAAUCCGAGGGAUUGAGGUAUCACUGAUGUUUGUACGCUUCAACAUCUUGAAGGAGACAACCAUAUCAAUCGGAUCAUUAAGUUUAUACUUCAACAAGCUCCUCCGGGUCUGUCAAUAGUUCAGCGAGUAUGAAGUCCCACGCGGAAGAGAUAUCUUCCUAAUCUUAAUAUUUAUAUGUAUGUCUGUGUAUCCAUUGAUAUUUUUUUCUUUUGAUGAGUGGAAAUUUAUGUUCUUGUGUGUUUUGUCG